AUGGCAUUUUGCACUAGAGUUUUUGGCUUAUCUUCUUUAUCAGUUGAUCAAGCAUUCUUAAUAAUUGUAAAAAAUAUUAUUGUAUCAGCCUGCAAUAUGCAGCAAAAAGCUUGCAUUCUUCUAAUCUUAUGGCUUCCGUUUAGCUUUUCCAUAUCAAAACAGACCAUCAACAACAGCACAAUCGCGCUACCCGGCUGCCCCACCAAGUGUGGGAAUGUUUCCGUUCCAUACCCUUUUGGUAUUGGUUUAGAUGCUGGAUGUUCCAUAGGCCCAUGGUAUGACAUCAACUGUUCUAAAUCUUUUAACCCUCCAAAACCCUUCCUCAGCAGAACUAAUGGAGAGAUUAUCGACAUAUCAGAAACCAAAAUCCGUCUCAAAAGCAAUGGGAUAGCUUACAGAUGCUACAAUCAGACUGGUGGUAUAACUCGUAAAUUUCCAACCCUAUAUGGUAUAGAUGAAACCUCGCUUUUCAGUUUUUCAAACGAAAAUAAGUUCAUAGUUGUGGGAUGUGAUGAUGUUUCAUUUAUGACAAAAGUGGCAACCGAUAACUUAAUCAGUUCAUGUGCUGCCAUAUGUUCACAGAGCAGUGACUUGAGUGAUGGAUCUUGUUCUGGAAUUGGCUGUUGCCAAAACUCCAUUCCCAAGGGCGUAAAGAAUUACAUUACUUCCCUGAGGAGCUAUGGAAAUCACACGAACGUCUCGUCCUUCAACCGCUGUGGCUAUUCCUUUCUUGGAGAACAUGGCAGAUAUACGUUUCACCCAUCUGAUGUCUCUGAUUCCAAUUUUGAACACAGAAUUGUAGAAACUGUUCCGAUGAAUUGG